AUGGAACCUACCCAUAACCAAACCCAAUCUCAUGAUCAUGAAUGGGUCAUAAACAUUAGUCGCUUCCUUGAAGAGGACACUGAAGACACCGAAGAGCUCACUUCAAUGAGAAUCUUCAACGUACCGAAAGCCUUGUUAUCCACCAAAAAAGAAGCAUACACUCCACAAGUCAUAGCCCUUGGCCCUUACCAUCACCGAAGGCUCGAACUAUUUGAAAUGGAGCGUCACAAACUAGCCACAGCCAAAAAGGUUCGAAACAAAAUGAGACCCAUCAAAUUCUUCGAUUUUGUGACCCAAAUCGUCGCACAGAAUGACACACACAUAAGAUCAUUUUACCACCGUUACUUAGACUUUGAUCAAGAAACGCUUGCUUGGAUGCUAGCCAUUGAUGCGAGCUUCUUGUUCCUUUACCUUAAAACCUUCCCUUUUGAUAGGAGGUGGCAACGGUCAAUGUCUUUGGGCAGAAGAAGCUCGUUGAAGAUAGGUCACUUGAUGGAACAUUCUAGAAGGAACACAUGGAACCAUGCGGUUCUUAGGGACAUAAUCAUGUUGGAAAAUCAAAUACCUCUUUUUUUACUUAAAGAGAUUCAUUUUUCCUGUAACCCUGAAGACAACAAAUAUGAGGCUUUGGCCUCUAUGCUAAUUGGUUUCUGCAAAGAUCUUGCACCAAUCAAACACAUAGAUGAACAACGUUUCAAACAAGAGUGUUUCACAAGGGCACAUUUGCUUGAGCUCUUGUAUUACACCAUCUUUGCACACUGCGAGUUAUUAUUGCCUUUUGGAGAUGAAAUUGAUAGAGAGAAGGAGAAGAAAAAUAUGGAUGAUGAUGAUGAGAUUCCCAUUGGUCCCCUUAAAGCCAUAAUUAACUUCAUGUGUUUUCUCAUUUGUGCACCAAUUCAAGUCUUCUCGAAAAUCUUCAAGUCCAAACUCAUGUUGCAAUUGGUUACCGUGCCAUGGAAUAUCAUAGCUUCUAUUUUAAGGUUCCGUGGCACAGGUGUCAUAAAUGACAUUGUUUUGUCAGCACAUGAUGUUAUUGAAGAAGCAGAGAGUGUCGCGGCUCAACACAAAGAUGCAACUGAAGGCCUUUUGGUGGAAGAGAUUGCAAUUCCAAGCGUUGAAGAGCUUUCAAAAAUUGGGGUCAAGUUUUGUCCCACAAGAGGAGGGUUAAACACUAUCAAAUUUGACAUGUCAUCAGCUAUGUUUCACCUCCCAGUUAUUCAUCUAAACCACAACUCUGAAGUCGUUUUGAGGAACCUUGUGGCUUACGAGGCAUGCAUUGCACCUGAGGGAAUGGUGUUCACGCGCUACACGGAGUUGAUGAAUGGUAUAAUAGACACAGAAGAGGAUGUGAGGAUUUUAAGAGAAAGUGGGGUUUUGGUGAAUAGGCUUAAGAGUGAUAAAGAGGUAGCGUCCAUGUGGAAUGGAAUGACAACGUCGGUGACAGUGACUAAGGUUCCAUUUUUGGAUAAGGCCAUUGAUAAUGUGAAUGCUUACUAUGAUGCGAGUUGGAAGGUGAAGGUGAAAGGGGGAAUGAAGAAGUAUGUGUAUGGUUCUUGGCCGUGUCUUACGUUUUUGGCAGCAAACCUUAUUAUAUGUUUGACUGCUUUGGAGACUCUCUGCUCUGUAUACAGUUGUUCCAAAUGGUUCGGUGCUUCGUGA